AUGGUAUACUUUGUACUGUUUUCGUUCGUUGGGGCUGGAACCUCACUACGCAUUGCCCUCCGCGGAUUAUUGCAGAAACUCCUUCCCGAGUGUCACCGUUUGCUGAGGGACUGGAUGAGGGCUUUCAUCGUCUCGGUGAGUGGUGUGCCUGUGGCGCGCAUUGCAAAGCAGGCAAGGAUCAGUGUGCGGGAUAAGGCCGUACAAUACGUUAUUGGAAGCAAGGAAGCGCAACUGGUGAAGGUCAUGCACAUGAUUGACACGGGAAACCGAUACGCCGCGAGGGCUGGUCCUUUUGGGUGUUGUGAUUCCAACGAGGAUCUUCGUAGUGGAGACGGGAGAAGGAAAAAAAAGGAGCAAACGACUUUCGUCCUCGUUUGUAGUUGGUCUGGAUGUGUACAUAGCGACGCAGCAACUAAAAGCAUGCUGUGUCAUCACGGAUAA